AUGGAGCCUAGAUGGCUGCAGCUCACUGCACUGCCGCAGCCAAAUAUAUCACCAACCGCUCAAGCCGCUUGUCUAAUAGAAUCAGCAGAACAAGACCGAGGGGAAAUAAAUCAUGAUCGCCCUGGCGUUAAACAUGUCGCUCCCCUAUCACAAGAGCAGAAGCGGCUUCCGGCAUCCUUAUUAUCCGAAGCUCCCUCACCUUGUCGUUCGCCUAGGCCAGAGCCUUCAGGCAAUUCGAGGCCGUUGCCUUACGAGCCAUCAUCGCUGUCCGCUUCAACCCCUCAUUGUCUCACGCCCAGUUACCUGUCCAAAGGGACAGUUCCCAGCUUGAUCGAGAACUGGUACCACACGGACGUAAUCAACAAGCCCGUGGCGAUUCAUAAAUGUCAUCCUCCACUCUCUUUAGCAUCCUUUCGGCAUGGAAGUGAAGGGCCGUCCAGCGCGGCGGACGAGCAAGACCGAGCAUUCCUGGAGAUAGCAUUACUCAGGUCAAUUCCCCAGCGCAAUCCUAGCAAGACGAUGAUCCUCAAAAAGGCAAUGGAUUAUAUUAUGAUGUUAGAGCAGAGGAAUGAAUGUCUUUUGCAGGAAAACAUUGAGCUGCAGAGUCGCCUGGUGCUCUUCAUCACGGCUCCGGACCCUGCCUCUCAGGUCCGACAUCCGUAG